AUGAAGAAACCAACAAUUGGAGGACAAAUCUUUUGGGUUGAAGAUAUGGACAAAUUAGCAGGGGAGCUGAUGGAAGAAUUAUCAAAACAAGAUCACCUUAAAACUGCUUUGACCAAAAAUGGGGAAAAAGGGGUUCUAAAAAGGUGUGAAGAGACAAAUCUGGUUCUGAACUGGGAAAAAUAUCACUUCAUGGUUCAAGAGGGGAUAGUUCUUGGACAUAAGAUUUCAGAGAAGGGGAUUGAGGUUGAUAAAGCAAAAAUUGAAGUCAUGGUACAACUUCAACCACCAAAGACAGUAAAAGACAUAAGAAGUUUCCUGGGACAUGCUGGGUUCUACAGGAGAUUUAUCAAGGAUUUUUCCAAGAUUGCUAGGCCCUUGACAAGUUUGUUGUGCAAGGAAACUGAGUUCAACUUUGAUGAAGAAUGUUUGAAAGCUUUUAAGGAGAUCAAGGCUGCUUUGAUAUCAACACCAAUAGUUCAAGCCCCAAACUGGGAUCUACCAUUUGAAAUCAUGUGUGAUGCUUCUGAUUUUGUUGUAGGAGCAGUCUUGGGACAAAAGAAGGACAAGAAGCUGCAUGUUAUACAUUAUGCAAGCAGAACUUUAGAUGAAACCCAAGGGAUAUAUUUAACCACAGAAUAG